AAUGAAAAGCACGAGAUCAAGAUUUUAACGCUUAAUGCCCUUUCGAAUACAAUUAAUCCCAACGAAGCAGAAAAAUAAAAAAAAAAAAUCAUAAUUUUGUAACCUUCCUCUUCCUGGAUUCGGAAUUCUCCUCCUCGCAUUCACUGAAUCCGCUCACCGAAAUCUGAUACUGCGUUGUUUGAACGCACAAUAGAUCCGCUGAUGUGAUUAACCUUUCGCUGUCUCCUAUUCCCAAUUCCUUUUCCACCUUUUCUGAUUACUUUUUUCACCAAACGGAAUUAUACGGCAUGAAUCCGGAGGAAUUUCGGGCGAUUUUGUCGAGAUCGGGGACCGAAAUCUGGGCGUUGAUUAAAGCGGCGAUUCGCGUUGCUGGUUCGGAUUACGGCGAUGAGUUGCGCCGCCGCCGGGAUGAACUCGUUGAGUUGCUUUACGCGCCGGAGGCGCACAUGUGCCGGAACUGUAGCGGUGAUAUCCGCCGCCGUGUAGUUGAUCACGAGCCCUAUUUUCCGGAGAAUGUUUGUAUUAAUAAUUUUAAUAGUAGUGAUAACAUAGAUAAUAGAAGUAUUAAGUUUGAUGUAGAUGAUGAAAAUAAGAAAUUCAGCAAAAACGUUAGGGAUUCUAAUGAUGAUUUUGCUAAGAGUCCAUUGACUCCGGAGUCGAAUCUUAGCGGCGGAGAAGAAGAGGAUGCGUACGGUGGCUUGUUUGAUGACGAACAGACCAAAAUCUUCAGUAUUAAAGAGCAGCUUGAAGAUCUGAAUCAGAGUGAAGAUACUGUGGUGGAUUUGCUGCAAAACCUUGCAUAUAUGGAUAUCACAUUUCACGCUCUCAAGGAUACUGAUAUAGGAAGGCAUGUGAAUCGAUUGAGGAAGCAUUCAUCAAAUGAAGUGCGCAGAUUGGUGAAGCAGCUUGUCAGAAAAUGGAAGGAAACUGUUGAUGAAUGGGUAAAGGUGAACCAACCACAAGCAACUUCAAACCUUAUAGCUGAUGGGGAUUCACCUCAGCAGAGCAUACCCAGAAAUCAACAAAAUGGCCAUCACCAGUUUCCACAGGUUCCAGAUUUUGGGUACUCCCCGAAUCCACAAAAUGAACCAAAGCCUAAACCACCACAGUCCGGAGCUCGAAGAGAAGCUCUGUUAAGGCCGCCUCAAUCAGUUCCUAAGUCUACUUCAGCUCCUCCUAAUAGAGCACAAAGGGAACCAGUCAUGGAUGACGAGAAGCUAAACUCAGCAAGAAAGCGUCUUCAGGAGAACUACCAAGAAGCUAAGAAUGCCAAAAAGCAGAGAACGAUUCAAGUAAUGGAUAUUCAUGAUAUUCCCAAACCAAAGAAUGGCUUCAUUGCCAGGAACAAAGGCAGCUUUGCGGGGAGGCAUAAUCGGUGAUUCUGCCUUAAAUUAAUCUUUCAUAGGUUUCAUUGCACAACUUUGUUUCUGUAUAAAGAAAGAAGUUGGUGUGACACCAUUUAUCACAUUAGUAUAACUUUUGUGGAUUGUGCUUUAAAAUUUUGUACUACCAAUGAUGCAUCUAACUUGAUUGUUUAUUUGGAGGUGAUUAUUCUUGCUGCGUA